GUGGGCAGUCACCCUCACUGCCUUCGAAAACCGAACCCUACGACGGAAAACGUUUUUCUAUUACGGUUCAAGGUUCCGCAGCACUCGAUUUCAUGGGAGACGUGGAUGGCUAUUAUUUAUUGGCCUCCAGCGUAGCAGCUGUCACUGCUCGUAUAUGUACUCAUCCAAUUGAUACGAUCAAAACUCGGCUACAGGUGGCCAAUGUGCCAUGGCAGCCACAGCACUCCCGAUACCAAUGGUUCCGUCAAGCGGUAUUUCCAGACAUGGUUUCCACUUCCCGGACGUCUGCCUUUUUAUCUCUCUACCGAGGUUUACCGGUGACGCUCCUGUUCAGUGUCCCUGCUUUAUCGGUAUAUCUCUCAUGUUACGAGUUGACGAAAAAUUGGCUCGAUAUCCAUGCUCGCUGGCUCAAACGUGAUGCUAUCGGGAACCAUUUAAUAUCGGGCUGUGCCGCCGAAGUCACGGCAGGGAUACUGUUUACGCCUAUGGAAGUGAUGAAAAACCGCCUUCAAACCGAUCGCCAUCCAACGGUCCAGUCGCGCAUGGCAGGUCGUUUAGCACGGCAUAUACUUCAAACAGAAGGGAUUCCAGGUUUCUUCAAAGGGUAUUGGAUGGGACUGGCUGUUUUUGUCCCGCAUACAAUGACCUAUUUUGCCACUUAUGAAGAGUUGAAACGAUGGGCGGGAGGACGAACCGAAUCCGUCGCACAGCAACUACCCUUUGGUACCUAUUUGUGGUGUAGCACCGUCGCAAGUGUCGUCUCCAUCACUUUAUCCACCCCCUUAGAUAUCGUCAAAACACGAUGGCAGAUAUCAGCCGCUGAACAGGGCACGGCUUAUCGUCAAGGCCCUUUGGCUAUCGCCCUUCACAUGUGGAAACACGAAGGUCGCUGGCGUUCCUUGGCUCGUGGACUAUUGGCCCGUAUUGCAUGGGGCAUUCCCACUACUGCCAUCAGUAUGACCGUUUUUGAAUGUUUAAAAGACUGGCGCGCAACCAAAUCUAUGUAAAAAACGCAUAUUUCCCGCUUUCAUUUGCGGAAUUUUUUUUUUGUUUUUCUUUUUUACGUUCAUAGAAUUUUCAAUCACAUUCACGCCAUUUUUCCAUCUUGUUGCAUUUACCACUCAUUACUUGCCCUUUCGUUCUCUCGCCACUUGUUUGCAAAAAAUUAUAUCAUUCAAUAAUACGUGUUUUAGAUUCGGUUUUCAAUUUUUUUUAUUUUUUAGCAUGGU